UCAAUUAUUCAUCGCUCGCCGCGCGCUUCGCUCUCGGGGCCACCCGCGGGCCGCUCGGGCCCCAGCGCCGGCGGCUCUCCGGGGCUCACCCUGCUUCCCGCCUCCCGGGACCGCAGGGGCGCCGCAGUGAUCCAGCUACCGACCCCUGCGCGGUCAUGAGCCGGUGCGAAGUCGCCCAGCACCGGGGCUGCAAGACCCAGCAAUCUGGACACAAGCCAAGAAGUCAAGAACUGUUGACACCGACGUCUCCACUCUCCUACUGACACCAGCGACCACCCAGCCCAGUGCAACCAUAUGGCCUCUUGUUUUCCUGAUGUAUGAGGACCGCGGCGGGCGCCUGAGCGAGCCCGGCAGCCGGCCUCCUCCGGGGCCAUGGCCAGCGCGGCCGUGCAGCUGCUGGGCUUCCUGCUCAGCUUCCUGGGCCUGGUGGGCGCGCUGAUCACCACCCUCCUGCCGCACUGGCGCCGCACGGCGCACGUGGGCACCAACAUCCUGACGGCCGUGUCCUACCUGAAGGGGCUGUGGAUGGAGUGCGUGUGGCACAGCACGGGCAUCUACCAGUGCCAGCUCUACCGCUCGCUGCUGGCGCUGCCGCGAGACCUGCAGGCGGCCCGCGCGCUCAUGGUCAUCUGCUGCCUGCUGUCGGGCGUGGCCUGCGCCUGCGCCGUGCUGGGCAUGAAGUGCACCCGCUGCGCCAAGGGCUCCCCGGCCAAGACCACGUUCGCCGUGCUGGGCGGCGCGCUCUUCAUCCUGGCCGGCCUGCUGUGCAUGGUGGCCGUGUCCUGGACCACCCACGACGUGGUGCAGAACUUCUACAACCCGCUGCUGCCCAGCGGCAUGAAGUUCGAGAUCGGGCAGGCCCUGUACCUCGGCUUCAUCUCCUCGUCCCUGUCGCUCAUCGGUGGCACCCUGCUCUGCCUCUCCUGCCAGGACGAGGCGCCCUCCAGGCCCUACCAGCCCCAGCCCAGGGGCGCCCCGGCCACCACCGCACCGGCCUACCGACCCCCCGCCGCCUUCAAGGACAACCGGGCCCCCUCGGCCACCUCGGCCUCGCUCAGCGGGUACAGACUGAACGACUACGUGUGAGUGCCCAGGGCCUGUCCCUCCCCGAGCUCACAGACGCAGCAGGACCCGGGCUCGCACCCAUGCCGUGUCAGGCACCCAGCUGACUUCUGGACUACUCUUUGGUGUCCAGAGGAAUAAUAUGAACAGGAGGGAGUGGGCUUAGAACACAGAGAAGGAAGGAAAAAAAGGGGGAGAAAAGCUCUAUCUACCAAAGACUUCAUCCUUUCUGGUUUUUUAUUUAUUAUAUGUAUUUAUGUGGGUGAUUUAAUAACUGCUGAAUGAAAGGCAACUUGGGAGUUUGGUCUGUGGGGUUUGUUUGCAAUAUAGGAAUAAACCUUUGGAUGUGGUUGUUAAUGA